AUGUGCAGAACGGCGGCAAGAGUCUCAUCGAGUAGCCAGGAAAAAGCAUGGUCUACAAAUGUGGCCCAUAAAGUAGCAAUGUCCAAUGGGUACCCAACUGGAGAUGGUGCUACCCGACAAGCACGGUAUCCCUCUCGAAGACCCAACGUAGUGGAUGGCCCAGAGAAGAUCCCUUUCUGUUUACCUUAUAUAUCUGAUGAUAUGAGCAGAGGAGUACGGGGCUAUCUACGAAAAGCGGGUCUACAGAAUGACGUGAGGGUUGUGGAAAUACCUCCAGCAAACCUCAAGGGUCAGCUGGUACGUAACCGUGUGUAUGAUCGACUCUGCACAACUUCCAGCUGCGUACUUUGCCCGUAUGGCAGAGAGGGUGAUUGA